GUUGGCAGAGAAAGCAGUAGGGAAAGUGAAAGGGAUGAUUACCAAAGCUAGAUAUGAGAAAAAAAUCUUAAUUUAUUUUUACUCAAUUAUAGAAAUAGUCCAGUGGCAGGUUUGGAAUACUCGCCUACACAAUUGUUAAUGGCAAGGGAGCUAAGAACACUUACCAAUUUUUUAAAUACAAAUAUUUUUAAACCAAAAUUAGUAAAUUGUGCUGGAGAAAUGCAAAAACAAGAAAAUUAUCAGAAACAUUGGUAUGAUAAAACUGCAGGGCCCGAGGAAAAACAAUUUACAGAAGGUGAAAAAGUUUAUAUAUAUGAUAAUUUAAAAAAAGAAUGGGAUGAAGGAGAGAUUGUUAAGAAAACAAAAUGGUCCAAGUCAUACUAUGUGAAAAAUGCAAAAGGGAAAGUAUUGAGAAGAAAUAAUUGUUAUAUAAAAAAGAAAUUUAAGAUUAAGGAUAAGUUUAUUAAUGAUGAUGUNAUGAAUAUAGAUAAAAAAGAGAAUGAUGAUAGUAAGAAAGAUAACGAUAAAGAUGACAGUAAUGAGAAUAAAGGUUCUGGGAGUCAGACGUUAAUCACUGGCAAUAAUAACAGAAAACAACUAGAGGAUUGUAAGAAAAAAGAAGUGACAGGGUGUAUUAGAACAAGGGCUGGUAGACAAAUUAAAAAACCAAAUAAACUUUAUUUGUAGAAUCUUAAGAACUAGUAAUUAUUAUUUGUAUUGUUUAAGUUGUAAGCACAUAACAUAUUGUGUACC